GUCGGUUUCCACACCUGCAGCCCUGCCCUUAAAUUCUUCUGGGUGUACAUAAAAGUAAGGAUGGAGAUAAAAGGAGGCAGACAGGGAGGAGGAAAGCCAAGUGAGGACAGCGGCAUCUUUCACUGAGACCCCCUGCAGGAUCGUCAGAGACCCCCCAGAACUGAAGACUUCAUCUUCUUCAAAACUGCAUCUGACCUUUGUGACCUGAUUGGUCCUUCCUCCAAAAUGCUCCUCCCCCUGCUGUUCCUGUUUGCUGCCGCUGGACUGACGGAUGCAUCCAUUCAGUUCCCAAUAACUGAAAACACUCAGGUUGACACCAGCUUAUGUCCCAUCACAUAUUUUGGACAGGAGUACACCACAAUCUACAUAAACUUCACCGGGGAACACAUGUUUGUUUGUUUCAACGGCUAUUACCACCCUGAGAGCAACGGCGACUGUAUUAAGGCCCCGAAUACUGAGAGCAAAACAUACUUUGAGUUAAACACAGAGGAUUAUUCCUUUCUUAAUAGUGUGACAUUUGACGUGAAGGACUCAAUAAACACCAUCACAAACGAUGCAACGUGCUAUUUGCGUUUCGAUCAUCCCACUACCUUUGGUCUGAUUGCCAUGGGGUCACAGUCAGUUUUAUGGUGGUAUAACCCUCCACAAAUAAUUGCUAGUGUUCUGGUCAAUGGAGAUGUGGUAGAAAAUGUGCCGGGCUCUGAAAAUUGGGUUUACUCAGACACCAGUGGCUGCAGAAUCUCAGGCUUUGGGGUGAAACCUGGAACUACACGCCAAAGUCUUGACAACUGUACUUCUCUGAUAUGCAGCAACACCCGUGUUAGCUCUACAAAAAGCUGCUUGGUGAAAGGACUCUGCACAGUGACCGGUCCCACCGUCUUUGACUUCAGGGGACAAAUGAACUCAGUGUCAGACCGGUGUGAGUACACUCUGCUGCAGGAUCAGUCUGCUGGAUUCUCUCUGAAGGCCAACUUUCUGGAACGGCGUCGCAGAGAUGUGAGCUUUGUGGACAGUGUCACUCUGGACUUCAGUCAGGGUGCUGACAUUCAGCUGCUACAAGGACACAGAGUCCUGGUGGGAGGCUCACCUGUGACCCUCAGUGGUUUAGUCCAGACGUUUAAUGGUGUUGGUCUCUCCAAGGACCAGACUGGAGUCACUGCCAAUAUUUCACUGAAUGGUUCACCUGUGUCUGUGUUCUUUGAUGGAACCACAGCUCAGAUCUACAUUGAUGUACCUGUCAAUGUUAAGGGUCUGUGUGCAGACUCUAGCAGUUCCUCAUCUUCAAGGCUGUCCAGUGACUCCAGCUGUCAGCAACAAUAUGUAGACCCUGCUGAUGACACCAUCAACAGCACUGCUGUGAUUGAACAGUGUAACAUCCUGAAAUCUUCACCAUUCUCCUCCUGUAAUGCUGUUGUUGAUCCAGAGUCAUACAUAAUUGCCUGCAGAAAUACUUUGAACAAGUAUCCUGCAGUGGACGGUCUCAGGUGUCAGUUCCUUAAGGCCUACGCCAAAGCCUGCCAGAAGAGACAAGCUACCGUGCAGAACUGGUGGACAGCAGCUAAGUGCUACCACCCUGAGCCCAUCUGUCAGGACAAAUGCAGUGACCAUGAGUUCUGUGGAGAUAUCCACGGAAACACUGACUGCCGCUGUAGAGCCAUUUAUGCCUCAAAUUACACUGAACAGAACAGACUGGGAGGUCCAACUGUCUGCAAGGACAACACUGCCUCCCUCACUCUGGUGGGUUGUCUCCUGAAGGAAAACGGCAUCGACUACAAUCACCUACACCUCAAUGACAAGACCUGCACAGGUGUGAUGGACCCCGAGAGUCACAUGCUGAAGUUCAGCUUUAGCAGUGACAGUUGUGGAACAGAGGUCACGACCAACAACAGCCAGGUCAUCUUCACAAAUGCAGUUGUGACCCGGAACAGCUCCUCGGACCUCAUCACUCGUCAGGAUAAAGUCUUCAUUGAGUUCUCCUGCAGCCAUCCUACACCUGAACUGCAGAAUGUGGCCUUCAAGAUUAUAGAUAACUCUGUGGAAGUUGUCCUUGAGUCUGGAGAGUGGCACUACAACUUGACCAUGAAGGCUUACUCUGAUGCUGCCCAAACCCAACUUUUGGGUCCAAACAGUGAUGUCAGGCUGAACCAGAAGAUCUGGAUUGUGCUGGAGACCAACGGUCUGGAUGCAGAGGUGGUUUCUGUGGUGACCGACUCCUGCUGGGCAACCAGUGGGAACUCACCCAGCAGCUCUCCCAGAUAUGACCUGAUCACAGACGGCUGUGCAAAUGCAGAGGAUGGAACAGUUCAAGUGAUGGGAAAUGGAGAAGGAACCUCCAACUCCUUCUCCUUCAACAUGUUUGAGUUCUCUGGAAAGGAACCUUCAGAAGUCUACCUUCACUGCCAGCUGCAGCUGUGUGUCAAAAAGAACAACAGCUGUGAUCCGAGUUGCUCUGGUCCAGCUAGAAGACGCAGAUCUCUCAGAUACAGACGUGGAGCUCCAGCCUUGAUCAGCAUGGUCUGGACUCCUUAGGUGGUUUCAACAGAAAAGUUGACCUUUCCUGACUUGAUCCUGGUCCUGAACCUGAAUGUGUGAAAGAUUCUCAGUUCUUGCUUCUAUGAAUUAAGUUUUUAAUCAGAACUUAAACUGUUGAUUUUAGGGAUGAAUUCUGUAGAAAAUACAAAACUUUAUCCUAGAUAUUAUAUUGGUCAUCUGAUUGGUUUCUUAGUAAUGACAUGGGAAAGGGAAGUGUGUGAGUUUCCUUUAGCUUCUCUACAAAAUCAAAGGAUGUACUUUAAGUCAAUCUGAGGAACUCCCUGGAGAAUUAGCAUUGGAUGAUAUAUUAUUGAGUAAAUAGUCUAGAAAUGUACAACUUUUGGGGUUUUGGUUAUGGAUGUUAACUCGUUUAUUGAAGAGAAGCUCAAAAAGUAUUUCCAAAGAGUUCCUAUUACACUGGUGUUUACUGUCUUUCCAUUGGGUCGUGUACAUGUACCAUCUAAACCACCCAAUUCUGCUUCAUUUGAACUGGUCCUUUUGAUUGAUUUCCUUAUAUAAAUAAAUAAUAAAUAAUGGCAUA